AUGAAGAGUUUGAGUCAAUUGUCCCUUCAAAAUAACAGACUUACUGGUCCAAUCCCUUCAACUAUUGGUAACUUAAUUGGUUUGCAAAACUUGGACCUUAGUUUGAAUCAAAUCAAAGGUUCCAUCCCUGUAGAAAUAGGGAACUUGGCAAAUCUGGUCGAAUUAUUUCUCGAUUAUAACAAUCUCAUUGGUCCAAUUCCUACUCAGAUCACCACCAUUUCUUCCUUGGGAUAUCUUAGACUUGGUCAUAAUUUCAUCAGUGGAGAAUUAAUUCAACUAGAGGCUUUAGGCGGUUUAAUGCUUCUAGAUCUCAGCUACAAUAAUUUUACUGGCAACAUUCCUCGUAUGUUGAUUUCUCUAAGUGUCAACUUGUCAUACAAUUCUUUGAAGGGUCCAAUUCCAGACAAUUAUGAUCAGGUUCAAAAAUGCUACACAUUGAUCGGCAACAAGGAUUUAUGCGGUGACUACAUCGGUCUCCCUCCUUGCCUUCCAAUUCCAGCCAGUAACAAAUCAAUUAUCACCACAGUAAAAUUUUUUGUUCCCAUCCCCAUUUCCCUUGGAUUUCUAGUUCUUCUAGGCUUUCUCUUGUCUCGACGCAAUGUCAAGAAAACCCAAUUUGAGCCACGACAAACAAAGAAUGGGAACUUGUUCUCGAUAUGGAAUUAUGAUGGACAUAUUGCAUAUGAAGAUAUGAUUAAAGCAACCGAGGACUUUGACUUAAAAUAUUGUAUUGGAACCGGUGGUUAUGGUAGUGUUUACAAAGCAGAAUUACCUUGUGGCAAAGUGGUUGCCUUGAAGAAACUUCAUCGUUUGGAGGUUGAGAACCCAACAUUUGAUAUGUGUUUUGGGAACGAGAUAAAAGUGUUAACAGAGAUCCGUCAUCGAAACAUUAUAAAACUUUAUGGGUUCUGUUUACAUAAGCGAUGCAUGUUUUUGGUUUAUGAGUACAUGGAAAGGGGAAGCCUUUUUUGUGUCCUGAGCAAUGAUGUUGAAGCUAUAGAAUUGGAUUGGAGCAAGAGGGUGAACAUCAUCAAAGGCACUGCCCACGCCUUAUCUUACAUGCAUCAUGAAUGCAUUCCAUCAAUUGUUCAUCGAGAUAUAACUAGCAACAAUAUUUUGUUGAACUCUAAACUGGAGGCUUUUGUCUCUAACUUUGGCACAGCUAAACUUCUUGAUCCAAAUUCCUCCAAUCAAACAUUAGUUGCAGGCACUUACGGUUACAUUGCCCCAGAGUUGGCCUACACUAUGAAAGUUACUGAAAAAUGUGAUGUUUAUAGCUUUGGAGUUGUGGCACUGGAAAUAUUAAUGGGAAGACAUCCAUCAGAACUCUUGACUUCAUUAUCAUCACCGUAUUCUCAAAAUGUGUUGUUAGAUAAAAUAUUAGACCAACGUUUGCCACCUCCAAAUCAUCUGGUUGCUCAAGAUAUUUUUCUUGUCGCUACACUAGCAUUUGCAUGCCUACACACCAAACCAACGUCUCGGCCUACAAUGAAAUGCGUGUCUCAAGAAUUUUUUUCUCGAAAGAAGCCAAUAGCCAAACCUUUACAUGAACUUUCACUAUGGCAGCUAAGCAACCAUGAAAUGUAUAAGAUUGAAUCAGGGGGAUGA